AUAUCUUUCACUAUAUCUUAUAAAACUUAUAUAUCUUAUAAACUAAUUGCUGACUAUAUAUAUAUACACACACAUAAUAUAUAAAUAUAUAUCUAUAUAACAAUGGCGUUAUCAGAUGAACAGCACCAGCAAACUGGUGCACAAGAUAUCGCCAAAGAUAUCAAUGAGUCAGCGCAACAACAAAGCACUGGUAGUGUCGGCGCUCAUAGCAGGUCAUCGCCGGGAACGGCGGUCGGCGAACAUAUGUCGGAAGCACAGACCGGAGGAACGACAACUACUACGACAACUACGACAACGUCUUUACAUAUCAACGAUAAUAAUAAUAAUGAACCUCCGACUAGCCAGGAAUCAGAGCUGGCCGGUGGUGGCCAUCAUCAUCAACAACAACAACACCAUCACCAGCAGCAACAACAGCAACAGAGUCGACACGUCAUAAUCGAUGGUCACAUCAAUGUGAUUACCGAAGCGCCGCACACCCAUAUAGUAACGCACGACACAAAACAAUCGCCGCACACAUAUGGCCUCAAACGGGAAAUCCAUGAGCAACAGCAGCAGCACCGGGAACUCCACAGUCCGUCCAAUACUAUUAUCGAACAGCAGCACCACUCGGUACAGCACGGAUCGCCUGUUUUGAUACAGUCGGGUGGCCAACAUUUUUUGCACAACGACACCAAGCCGUCACUACUCGGUCAUCACUCGGCCGAUGCCGGUAAUGGACUCCAUGCCCACCUGUAUACCAAUGUCGGAUCGGCACAGUUUGCCAAUCAGGAUUCACCGUACAUGCAAUCAUUGUACAGAACGCACGGAACGAAUAAUGGCCAAUACGGUAGUACAUCGUCGGCAGCGGUGGCCGGUGUCGAUAGCGGUGGCAGCGAUCAUCAAAAUAACGGUUCGGUGCGGUCGUCGCCAUCGUGGACAGUGACAUCGAUGCCGCAAACAUCGGGCGGCGAUACAAUACAUUCAUUUGGCACCAAUCAUACAGGAUCACCCUUUUCAUCCCGAUUCCCAUUUCAGGGCGUUCAUUUGGGCCAAAGUCCGGGUUCAGCCCAUCAUCACUCCAAUCAAACUCCUAGUCCUCAACUUUGGACAACAGAUGGCUUGGCUGCUCAUACUAUGGCAUAUAAUUUAUCGGGUACACUCUCUCCGUCCUCUUUACAACAAUUGGCUGCCGUAAGUGACGCCAAUACCAGUGCCGGUCACUCAGAUCUGGGGACACUUGGCUCGCGCACCGGUGCCGGCGGCGGCGGCGGCGGCGGCUCUAAUACAACGACCCCGGGCUCAGUGGUUAAUGGAUUCAAUACCAAUCCAUUUGGCGGCUCUACUGCUGGCGCACACUAUCUGAGAACUGAUUGGCCAUCGCCUGCCUUAUAUGACGGUCACAACUCUGCUGGCAAUUAUGCGGUCACUGUUGCCGAUCAUCGGCAGCGUCUCAGUCCCGAUCGUAAUCCCAGUGCAAUGCAACUAUCGGCUUUGGGUUCAGAUUAUUUUGCUGGUGAGGCGCGUGAAUGUGUCAACUGUGGCGCUAUAUCGACACCGUUGUGGCGCAGGGAUGGCACCGGACACUACCUGUGCAAUGCUUGCGGAUUGUAUUCAAAGAUGAAUGGUAUGCAUCGGCCGCCUAUCCGUCCACACAAAAAGAUGCCAAAUAAUAGGAGGGCCGGACUUACCUGUUCUAAUUGUCACACCAGUACCACUACCCUAUGGCGGCGCAACAAUCAGGGCGAACCUGUUUGCAAUGCGUGCGGACUAUACUUCAAAUUGCAUGGCGUAAACAGACCGUUGGCGAUGAAGAAAGAAGGCAUUCAAACGCGUAAACGUAAGCCAAAGGCGGCGACACCGCAGGAGUCUCCUUCGUCCGCACUGUCCAUACAAAAACCACAACACCAACAACAACAACAGCAUCAACACCAACAACAACAACAACAACAUAAUAAGAAGGCUCAGCUGACAGGAUCUACCGGAGCCAUGUUAUACUCGGGCCAGUCAUCAUCAUCGGCAACGGUGUCAACACUGCAGCGCAGCGAUAGCGACCUGAGCGGCACCACCGCUGCACACGACUCGUCGCCGUCGUCGAGGCCGAUAUCGUCGCCAAUUACUCCGUCCAGUGCCGCACUGACCAGACAUCUACACGGAUUUGUCCCGUUAGACGGCUUCCAGUACAGUACUAACAGUCCGUUUAUCAAUAGUAGUACCGGUGCCAAUACUAUCAACUUGAGCCACGCAACUGCUACUCUGGCCGGACAUCAUGGCAACAACAAUAACAGUACUAUUGCACAGGUAUUGCACGGCGGACUAACUCAUACCAGUGUUAUACAUGAGCCCAAUGUUAGCAAACUGUUGGUACAUACGUCCGCUAUUGCCAACAAUGGACACCACCACCAUAUGACAGCAAAUGAUAGCCAAAAUAACGAUCACCACAACCACCUCCAACACCAACAACAACAACACCAUAACAGUGCCGCAAAUAAUGCCAAUUAAUUGCCAUAAAAAAUAAAUACCAGUGAUAUAC